AUGGGCUACAACACACGGCGCAAGUCGUUGUCGCUGCCGUCGCUCGGCAUCCACCUCCCAGGAGCCUCGCGAUCAUCCGCGCGCUCACCGCCUUCAACAAGCGACGCCCACCACCCGGCGAAGAAGGUCAAACGCACACACUCCAACUCGACAUCCGCCAUCACAUCGCCGUCCCGCCCAAUCGCCCUGCGCUUCGAUGAGUCGCGACCAAAAUCCUCGGGACGGGUGGCAGACACCCCGCCACCAUCGCCCGGCGGCGAGUCCAGGCAGGCAAAAGUCGACACCCAGGGCAUCGACGAUGAAAUCGUCGUCGGCGUGAUCGAACAGCUCGAGAAGACGGGCAACCGCCCCCACCUGCUCAAGGAACUGGCCUUGGUUCUCUCGCCCACCAUUCCCAUUGUCGAGAGGUACGUACCUGCACCACAGGCUGCAUCGCGCAGAUGCUCUGCGAACCCUGCCGCCAUCAUCUCGUCUCGCCUCGCGACGUACCUGAAGCGCAAUUGGACAGCCCUGUCGCGCUGCCCGCUCGAUAAGAAACUUGUCGGCACCCACCCGAAGCGCAUCUACUACUUUCUCAGCACGUGCCCGCACCAGCCCAUUCCUACAGAUGGCGGCAAUGCUGCAGCUGCCGCACGGAUCAUCACGCCGUCGCUGUCGUCCGCUGCCUCCGAGGAGGAGGAUCUCGAUGCGCGGUCGCGGGAUCGCAUGUCGCCCUCUCCCGAGCUCGACCUCUCCGACUACGAUGAGAACAGCGUCGACCCGUUCUCGAACCAGUCGCAUCCUCCGACCACUGCGAACAUUGCAAACAACCGCCGCGCACAAUCGCCGCCUUUAGAAAAAGACGAGCGCGAGUUUACACAGACCGCCUCGUUCCUCCAGCAAAGACGGAGAAGCCAGGAGCUCGAGCGCGAGCGUUCUGCCAGUGCUUCCGCCUCUGCCUCUGCCUCUGCUUCCGCCUCCACCGAAUCUACCACCAGCAGCGAUGUCGCCAUGGAGGAAGUACACACGAGCAUCGAAGAGACAGAAGAGAGCGCAGCGCGGAAGAACUCCGAGAUUGCUGUCGCACUCUUCGGCCACAUGGACCCUGCUACUGCUUUUGCCCCGAGCAGCCCUGCAUUAAAGCCAGUGCUACACAUCGAGAUGCCUCCCCCGGCUUUCAAGCCUCAGGCGAUACAGCUUGACCUUGAAGACCUGGACUGGACCAUGAAGAGUCCCGAGACCAUUGAGCUCGAUGAGCUCGAUGUUCUAUUCGGCGAAUACUAGGUCGCUAAUUUCUCACUUUUCGGACCAUCUACUCAGUAUACGAUUUACGAAUUUCCUGCACGCGUCUCGUUACUCCUUUCUACGAACUGUUAUUACUAUCUCAUCUUAUUCCUUUUGCGCGAUCGUCCUAGAUUUCGCCGCUCGCGCUGCAUCAUACACUCUGGAGUGGUUGUUGUAAUACAGGCUGGAGUUCAGUGGCUGGUGUUAUGGGAUCACUGGCGCUGGAUGAUGACUACUUGUACCAUUAGCUAUGUUUGAGUGUACGAAUGCUGCGUCAGGGAUUGGACUCGAGACACUGGCUGUCUGCUAGACACAAUCUUGACUGGCGUUAUUUGUUUCUGGACUGGAUAGGCUAGGCGGGAAAAGCGAACUAAAAUGCUCGUGAUGGUUUCGCUACAGAAAAGCGCUGAAUAGUCAAAUUGAAAAACAGUUUAUAUCUU